AUGAAGUUUACCGCUUCCAUUGCUGCUCUCGUCUUGCUGCAAGGCUUUGCCAUGGCCUUGCCGCAGCAGCCGGGUGUCCAGGCCGUUGGGGAGAACCGGCUUCCCCUGACGUACCCCAGGGCCAAGGCACCGCACAAAGGCGGCUCCUGCAAACCUAAACGUCCGACUCCUGAUGUCCCGGGUAUCCCCAACAACGGCACUCAGCCCGGCGACAAUCCAACCAAGCCUAGCCCUCCAAACGAGACGGGAGGUCGAGACCCCGGCGAAAUGGUCGACGACUAUCCUGACAAGAACAAGUGUGGUCAAAUUGACAGCAAUGACUUGACAGCAUGCCAAUGUACCGGCUUUGCUGCGUUCCGUGCUGUUAAGCGGAUGGGUGUAACAAACUUCAAGGACCUUGGGCCAUGGGGCGACGCAAAAAACUGGGCAGGUAACGCUCGCGCAAAAGGCCUUACCGUCAACAACACGGCCGCACCUGGAGCCAUUGCCUGUUCUGGGGAGGGCACUUAUGGACACGUCGGCUUUGUGCAUGCUGUGGAUGGUGGCCAGAUUACGAUGGAGGACUACAACGGGUUCGGGGGUAACGAAAAGUAUGGACACGGGGAAGUGUCGGCGGCCAGGUAUUCGUUUAUUCACCUUUAG